AUGAAUUUCGCUUGCAGGAGUGUGGCACAGAUGCUUUCAUUUUCUGGUCUCAACUACAGUUCUCCAACUCUUUCAUCUGCAUUGGGCAAUCUUAUUCCCAUAUUUACAUUUCUCCUUGCAAUCAUAUUCAGGAUGGAAAAACUGGAUCUAAGAGGCUCAGGCGGUCUAGCUGUCUCUUUGGGUGCUGUGGUAGCAGUGUCAGGGGCAUUCAUAGUCACCCUCUACAAGGGUCCACAAAUCCUGAUGGUUUCUUCCCCUUCUAAUUUUGCUCAUCAUCAUCUCUAUUCACAAGUAUCGAACUGGGUCCUUGGAGGCAUUUUUCUCUCAAUGACUUCCAUUCUAACUGCAAUCUGGAACAUCUUAAUGGCAAUAUUUGGGGGAGUUUUCCGCAAUGGUAUUCAUACCUGGUGCUUCCAGGAGAAAGGGCCCGUGUUCGUAGCCAUGUUCAGGCCCUUGGGGAUAGCAAUUGCAGUGUUCAUGGGCGUCGCAUUCCUUGGUGAUACCCUUUAUCUUGGCAGAAUACUUGGGUCAAUUAUAAUUGUUGUUGGAUUUUACGCUGUACUGUGGGGAAAGGCGAACGAAUUGAGCUUGAAUGAUGAUAAUGUUGUCGAGGGCUUGGAAUCAUGCUCACAGAAGACCCCUUUUUUAGAGAACAAUUCUCAGGGAGAAAUUUAG